AUGGCAUGGGAACCGUGCGAGAGUCCUCAUAAUAUCAGCAUGGUUAAUAAGUGUCAUAUUCUCCAUUCCCAUUUUGAUACUAUACGAAGUCAAGGAAGUUCAAGCGAUCCAGACUCUAGACGUGCUAGUUCCAGAGGCCUUAUACCGAGAGCUAAAAUAAAAAGCGUCAAGAUGACAUUUGUCAUAGUUUUUGUAUUCGUGCUCUGUUGGUCGCCCUACAUCGUAUUCGAUCUACUCCAGGUGUAUAACCAUAUACCACCAACGCAGAACAACCUGGCUAUCGCCACUCUUAUCCAAAGUCUGGCGCCGCUCAACUCAGCUGCCAACCCCCUCAUAUGCUGCAUGUUCUCCCCACAUAUCUAUAGUAGUUUAAGGCGAGUGGCGCCAUACCGUUGGGUAUGUGGUCGACGACGUAGUCGUGCGCGUGGGACUCUGCGCUCGCGUUCUGAUUCUACCGCUCAUUCAGAUCUACUCAGCUCCACACAUGCCCGGCGGUCACACUCCGUCGCUACUGUGAGUAUAAAUCAGAGUUGAUGUCAAAAAAAAAGUACACUUUCAGUAGUAGUAAGUAGUACCAGUAAGUGGAUCAGUACGUUGACUGUAGUAGAGUUUAGUUACACUUUUACAUACAAAUUAAAUCGAUGUAUAUAAUACAACAUUUUGUUUAACUUGUUAUGUUAGUAAAUUUAACUAAUUUGACUAAUUUUCCAGUUUUCAAUUUAACUUAGAUUGAAGCUGGUCGGACGAUGAAUAAUAGUAUCAAAUUAGGUCAUAAAUACCUAGAUUUCCUCAAUAAAUAUUAUUUAAUAAAAUAAUUUUGAAAGAGCGAACGCAUGAAAGUUUGAUAUCAUAUUAUUAGAUGCCUUUUUAGGUCAACUAGCAAUGGAGAAAAACAGCAUUGUCAGGUUUCUUAAGGUGCAAAAAUAUAAUUUGUAUAAACUCUACAAGCUUUUUGAAACAAUAGGCUUAAUGUAAUACAUUAGCGAUGAAAUGGUUUACUCAUCUUGAUACUAUUUACGUCAUAAAGUUACAUGAAUUUUAAAUAUUCUAGAUAUUCUUCUAGUAAACCUGUAAGUUUCAUUGGUGAUAGAGAGACAGAAGUGAAUGCAGGGAGGGAAUAGUUUAAAUUAAGCAUUAAGAAAUUUGCUGAUAUACGGAAGAGAGAAAUAGGUAGUUAAGAUAGUAUAUUUUAGAAAUAUCAACAUCAACCGGGUGUUGGGUCACAGACUUUCCCUAUGAAUGGAAUCAAAUAGGAAGAAAAGGUCAUAAUCACCACGGAUACAGCCAGAUUCAUGGGACGUAACCAAGCACGAACGCGCUCAAAAUUAAAAAAAAAUGAUCACCCAUCUCCUCCGCAACUUCGCACUGUAGAUUGAACAUGCUAACAAGCGCAAAAACGAGCAUUUCAAAAUACUUAUAUGUUUAAAAUCAAUUAAAUUAUUUACAGUUAAAAUUUAUUUUUUGUUUAACCAAUACUCGUUUGAUUGAAUGUGAAGUACGGGAUUGCUACCAUGUACCUUAUAUUGCGCGAGUUCCCGAUAUUUCAGCGCUGUUGCAAGCGCCAUGAUCACGGAGAAACAGCGUCGAAAUAAUGGGGAUACACGAAAUGUAAGGAUACAUGGUAGCUAUCCCGUAUUUCAUAAUGUUUUAAUGUAAAUUUAUAACAACGUAUUUGAUAUGUUAGUUAUUGCUAAAGUGUAACAAAUCCAUAAUGUUACGUUGGUGGAAGAAGUGGUAUCAUAGACAGUAAUACAAUAGGGAAUUUCAUUAAAUUUGAAAAAUAGUUUUUAAUUAUUCUUUAUUACAUAGUGAGCACAUUACAUUGAUAUU